CGCGGUUCGAGGAUCUUCUUCGCUCAAGAAUCUUCCGUUCUUGUCGCCUCCCAUGUUGCUCCCUGCAGUCCAGUCCUUUCUAUUCUAAUCCAUUUCUCUCUCUCUGACGCGCGCGCGUUCGGAGCUCAUCAUGUUGCCUUACGUCAAUCUCCUGUUUGACUACCCUGCGAGACUCACCGGAGCCUCGGUGGAUGAGUUGAAACUCAUUGCUUCGUUUCUCCUGUCUUACCCUCUUGCCGGUCUGCUGAAGAGGAUUCCCGACGCUCAGCCUGCCAAGAAGAAUGCGUUCAUCAUUGGGGUGUCGCUGUUCUAUCUGGUCGGCCUGUUCGAUCUCUGGGAUGGCAUUCGUACCCUAGCUUACAGUGCCUCGGCUAUCUAUGCGAUCGCAUACUACGUCGAUGGAUCCUUGAUGCCCUGGAUCGGAUUCAUCGUCCUGAUGGGCCACAUGUCCAUCAGCCACAUCUAUCGUCAAAUUAUCGAGCAGCCGCAGGCCGUCGAUAUUACCGGCGCCCAGAUGGUGAUGGUCAUGAAGCUGUCGUCGUUCUGUUGGAAUGUUCACGAUGGUCGCCUCCCGCCAGAGCAGUUGUCGGAUCCGCAAAAGUACGCGGCCAUCCGAGAAUUCCCGGGUCUCCUCGACUACUUGGGCUACAUCCUCUUCUUCCCGUCUCUCUUCGGCGGCCCGUCCUUCGAGUACAACGACUACCGCCGGUGGAUCGACACCACGCUCUUCGAAGUGCCCCCGGGGACCGACCCGUCCAAGGUGCCACCAACGCGCAAGAAGCGCAAGAUUCCCCGCAGUGGCACCCCGGCCACCAAAAAGGCUGUGAUGGGCCUGGUGUGGAUCUUCGUGUUCCUGCAGCUGAACUCGGUCUAUAACCAAGACACCGUGCAGGAGGAGAGCUAUUUCCAACUGGGCUUCCUCCGCCGCGUCUGGGUCCUGUACCUCCUCGGCUUCACUACACGAGUCAAGUACUACGGCGUGUGGGCCCUCACCGAGGGCGCCUGCAUUCUCUCCGGCAUGGGAUACAACGGCUUCGACCCCAAGUCCGGCAAGGUCUUCUGGAAUCGCCUGGAAAAUGUAGAUCCGUGGGGUUUGGAGACGGCUCAGAAUUCCCACGCAUACCUGGGCAGCUGGAACAAGAACACCAACCACUGGCUGCGAAACUACGUCUAUCUGCGCGUCACCCCGAAGGGCAAGAAGCCUGGCUUCCGCGCCAGCCUGGCGACCUUUGCGACCAGCGCCUUCUGGCACGGCUUCUACCCGGGCUACUACCUGACUUUUGUCCUGGGAUCCUUCAUCCAAACCGUCGCAAAGAACUUCCGUCGCCAUGUGCGCCCAUUCUUCCUUACCCCCGACGGCAGCCGACCCACCCCCUACAAGCGCUACUACGACAUAGCCAGCUGGGUCGUCACGCAGCUCACCCUCUCAUUCGCCGUAAUGCCAUUCAUCUUCCUCUCCUUCGGCCCCUCAAUCAGCGUCUGGCGCAGCGUGUACUUCUACGGCAUCAUCGGCAACGCCAUCGCCAUCGCCUUCUUCGCCAGCCCCGCCAAAGCCCUCCUCAUCCGGAAACUCAAAGCGCGCAACCGCCCUCACGCCCCGCGCACAACGAGCACCGACAAUCUCCAGCCGACUCUCGGCCUCCCCGAGGACCCCAUCGAGGGUUUCGACGAAGCCGUGCAGGAAAUUAAGGCUGAGAUCGACGCGCGACGGCGCCGCGGUAGUGUGGCGAAUAUGCCCACGGGCGAGAGCUUGAAGGCUGCUGUGGAGAGUAAGAUCGGCCGUGCGCUUUCGUGACCUCUCGCUUGUCACCCUCCCAGUUUACGUAUGUCUCUCCGAGGAACGGAUACAAGUGACUACAUAGAGGCGUUUUUUGAAUAAGCGACACACGAUCUCACUGUUGGCUUUUCGGGCAUUACCAGCUGUCUAUCUAUUGUUUGGACUACAACAAAUUCCACCCCACUUACUAGAAGAAAGAAACCAUGCACAUAGCAAUAUACAAC